UAUAGUUAGUCCCAGAACAGGAGUUAACUCUUUUAAUUUGGCUUACAAAAUUUUUUUAAAAUAAUUGAAUUUGAUUAGAAGAGUGACAGUGGAAAUGCAGAGAUUUUAUUCUUAUAAUAAAAAUUUGUCGUGACAUUGUCAUGGAGCAUUCUCCAGUUGAAGUCGUGCAUUGAUAGUGCUUUUUUGCUUCAUUUUGGCAACGCGUAGUAAACUGUUCGUCUUUAUGCGCUGAUAAACCGUUCGUACCCCUUUUCUACCUCAUCUGAAAUAGCUGUAGUAAGCACGAACACUUGUUUUGUGCAUUUUUUAAAACAUUGUUUACACCUCUCCUUGCAUUGUGCUUCCGGGCACGCCACAGACUCUUGUCCGAAACUGUCUUGAGCUACAGCAGAGACGUUAAAGCUAUAACGAUAACAUCUCUGGCUACAGUGAAUCAUCGAUUGAACGAAUAGGGAAUAAUAACUCGUAUUCCGUGUGCUCACUGUUCAACAGUUUAUCAAGAACAAAUAAAGCUUUUAACUGAUGUAAGAACUAAAAAUAGAGACGCCUAUAUCGUUUAUUAUCUAUUGAAAUGACUCCGCGCGACUGCAACCCACUGCGCGAAGAGGAAACAUUUGAAAGAAGGUUCUAGGAAAUAGUUUCGAACACAAUGGCGGCGUCAAACUCGGUUCCAGAUUCAUUCACGCUUUUUUCAUUCCUUGAUGAAGUUGAAAGCAGAGUUGAAAUACUAAGAAGACAAGCACUAACUGUAAAACAAGAUCAAGCAAGCCUGUUGCUAGUACUGGAUCAAUUAAAAGAAGAAAGCUUGCAGAGUGCAAUAUCGCCUGGUGAGUGCCAGGAGCUUAUAGCCAACAUGCAGCGGCUCAGAGAGCGGUGCCAAGCAGUUGAGGUCCAUAUACAUAUUGUGCGUGAUGAAAGGCAGUUAGAAGCCCUUGAGAAAGUAAAUAAGGUAUUAGAUGAGCUGGAAAUUGAGGUCACUACGAACAACAGUUCCACAAUGACAGUUAAUAAACGAGCACAAUCCUUGCUGAAUGCAUGUUUACCAGAGGCUGCUGGUGCAGUGGACACCCGUUUCCAGAGCAUGGUGUUAGGUUGUGCACUGGAUGACCAGAAGGCAGUACGUCAGCGCCUCCAGUGUUUAGUCAGACAGUAUUGCAGUCAGCCCAACAGUCACUGUAGACCACACAAUUCUAGCACCUGUGACACGUACCCAACCACAAUGCAAAGGGAUGCAUCCACAGAAGAGUCAUCUGGGUAUUCUAUUGGAACAUCUGAUGAACUUAGUGAACAGAAGACUGGUGUUGCCAACAGGAAAUCAGACUCUGUAGAUGAACGAGAGGAGCAGGAAGAUACAGUUUUAAAUGAGAACUCGAGUGUAUUUAGGUUAAAUGACAAUGUUGAUGGAGAACCUUGUGUGUCGGGGUCCAGAUAGCUGGCCAUAUUGCUUUUAGCCCAACUUGGGCUUUCAUGGUCACACACCUUAUAGAUAAUUUAAUCUAUAAACUUUGAAAAACAUUAUAAACUGUUAAGCCUUGAAAGUCAUUCCUUGUUAAUUUCUGUUCAUUUGUAGAAAUAAAGACUAAACGUGUGUUUUAGAUAAUAGAACAGAUUCUCAUUUUCAUUUGCAGUAUUCAGAAGCAAACAUGGAACAUGUUAAACUUGGUUAGCUUAAUUGUUCUUAUGCAUUCCAAGUUCCUAGAAUAAUGUGACUGUCAUAUAUAAUCAUAAAUUUACACUAAUAAACUACACAGGGUGCUGUCUAUGCACUUUAAAAGUCUGAUGGGUAGCAGACAUCCAGCUGGAACAGGCAGUGCCAGAGACCAGUGGUUCUCAAAGUGUGGUCUGCACACUUAAGUCAGGUGGUCCUCAGCUGACAAUCAUCAUUUGUCAGCAAAGUGAUGUUGAAAUUCCCAGAUACACUGAUUAGUCCAGCAUUGAUUUCACGCAAGUUUUAAUUUUGUUGAUGCCAAAUAAGUCUGUAUGUCGCAGCAUGAGCAUUGUGUCAUUUAACUGUGUCAUCUGUUAUCCCUUUGUAACGUAGUGCACUUAUUUUUAAUUUUUAUGUAAUAUCUGACUAUGGUGGUCUUUCUGACAUCUCUUUGAAGCAUCUAUUGCCAUUUCCAACAACUUACUGUUGCAAGAUUGGAUUUUCAACACUUGUAGGAUUGAAAACAAAUAAGAAUGUGGAAUCUGACAUGAGAUUAAAACCCUCCAACAUUGAUCCAGAUAUUAUCACCUUAAUAUCUCAUCAAAAACAACUACAUUCAUUGCAUUGACAUUUUAAAUAAUAAAGAAUUUUGCAAAAUA